AUGCGAUGCGCGAGCAAGGCCGCCGAGAGCGCGCCCGCACGUCUUUGUGCGGACGCCGAAGCAGAAACCACAGCAACUGAUGUCUCAUCGGUUGCUGAAGCGACUCAGCCUGUUUCACCUGGUAAUGCGGGCGCUGGUCAUGAAGACACUCAUGUCUUCACAGAGUAUGAGCUCAGUGUCUCAUUUUCUCCUAAUACGGAAGACGGAUCCGUAUCGACGACGGUUGAAACCAAGCCUCCUGCCAAGCGUGGCAUGGACGAUGCUAUGCGUCGUAGCAUCUUUGGUUCAACCGAUGAAUCAAAUGAAAUAUCGCCGAAGCGAAGGCGCUCGAGGUCGCAAGACUCGGGCGCUAACAGUGGUGUCGGUUCUCCUAUUGACACCACUUCGCAACGAGGUGCCAGUACUUCUGUCGGCACAUCGCAGGAAGAGCGGGACCGCACCGUGUUGCGUCUCGCUUCCAAAAAGAAGGCAUGGAUGCCUCCCAAAUCUGUCAUGGAUCACUUGUCGGCGACGACGAGUGAUCGCUAUCGAACACGAUUGUUCGAUUCGUCAAGGGAUCCAUCACCUUGA